CGAUUGCCGGUUGAAGAGGACACUGAAUUACAGGGAUAUUUGCAGCGAUUUGAGAACAUAAUUUCCAUCGAAGUAUUAAGAUAUAUUGUGAAUAUAGUAUUGUUUUGAGUUAGAAUGAAUCCCGAGGCUACUUUUCAGCUUAUCCAAAUCUUAGAAAAGACUGUAUCUCCAGAUAAAAAUGAGUUGGAAGCGGCCCAAAAUUAUUUGGAACAAGCUGCUCAAAACAAUUUGCCUGAAUUUGUGAAAACAUUGUCCGAUAUCUUACAUCAUGGAGGGAACAGUCAUGUUGCUCGUAUGGCUGCUGGCUUGCAGCUCAAAAAUACACUUACAUCCAAAGAUACAACUGUCAAAUCACAGCACCAACAAAGGUGGUUGGCAUUUCCAGAAGAAACCAGACAUUAUGUCAAGAAAAAUAUUCUUGCUGCCUUGGGCACAGAGAACAACCGUCCCAGUUCUGCUGCACAGUGUGUGGCUUCUGUGGCGGUAGCAGAGCUGCCUGUUGGCCAAUGGCCAGAAUUAAUUUCGAUGUUGGUAAACAAUGUCAUCAGUGCCAAUAGUACGGAAAUGCUGAAGGAAGCAACAUUAGAGGCAAUAGGUUACAUCUGUCAAGAUAUAGAACAUGAAGUGUUAGUUUCACAGUCUAAUAAUAUUUUGACUGCUAUUAUUCAUGGAAUGCGUUCAAAUGAACCCAGCAAUCACGUCAGAUUAGCUGCUACUACUGCCCUUCUUAAUUCACUGGAAUUUACAAGAGCUAAUUUUGAUAAAGAGACUGAACGUAACUUUAUUAUGGAAGUGGUUUGUGAAGCAACACAGUCAUCUGAUACUUUGGUUCGAGUGGCAGCGUUGCAAUGUCUUGUAAAAAUUAUGUCCCUAUAUUAUCAGCAUAUGGAAACAUACAUGGGACAAGCAUUAUUUCCUAUCACAUUAGAAGCAAUGAAGUCUGAUAUAGAUGAAGUAGCUCUUCAAGGUAUUGAAUUUUGGUCUAAUGUAAGUGAUGAAGAGGUAGAUUUGGCAAUAGAACAUAGUGAAGCAGAGGAAGCAGGUCGUCCUCCGCAACGGACUUCACGGUUCUAUGCUAAGGGUGCACUUCAGUAUCUUGUGCCAGUGUUGAUGCAGAAAUUAACCAAACAGGAAGAGUAUGAUGAUGAUGAUGAUUGGAAUCCUAGUAAAGCAGCAGGAGUAUGUUUGAUGUUGCUAGCAACUUGUUGUGAAGAUGAUAUCGUUCCUUUUGUUUUACCGUUUGUCAAAGACAAUAUCAAAAGUGCUGAUUGGAGGUAUAGGGAUGCUGCUCUUAUGGCUUUUGGAUCUAUUCUUGGUGGAUUGGAGCCAGCUACUCUCAAACCUUUGGUAGAGCAAGCAAUGCCCACUCUCAUAGAACUCAUGUAUGACAGCAGUGUUGUGGUUCGUGAUACAGCUGCGUGGACUUUUGGAAGAGUAUGCGAAAUAAUUCCAGAAGCUGCUAUAAAUGAGACCUACCUGAAGCCUUUACUUGAAUCUUUAGUAAAUGGUUUAAAAUCAGAACCUCGAGUAGCUGCAAAUGUGUGUUGGGCAUUUACUGGUUUGGCUGAGGCUAGUUAUGAGCAAGCGGAAGGUUCUGUUGAAGGAGGUCAACCUGAGACCUACUGCCUUUCCCAAUAUUUUGAGUUCAUUGUGCAGAGACUCUUGGAGACCACUGACAGACCUGAUGGAGCACAGGCCAACUUGCGAUCGGCAGCUUAUGAAGCCUUGAUGGAAAUGAUGAAGAAUUCUCCCCAGGAUUGCUAUGCUACUGUUCAAAGAACCACCAUGGUAAUUCUGGAAAGGCUGCAACAGGUUCUGCAAAUGGAAACUCACAUCCAAAAUUACAGUGAUCGUGCUCAAUACAAUGACCUGCAAAGUCUUCUUUGUGCUACUCUGCAGAGUGUUCUAAGGAAGGUUACUCCUGAUGAUGCCCCUCAUAUAUCAGAUGCAAUCAUGUCUGCUCUAUUACAAAUGUUUAACUCUAAUUCAUGCAAAUCUGGUGGGGUGCAAGAAGAUGCCCUUAUGGCAGUAUCAACUUUGGUAGAAGUUUUAGGAGAAGGUUUCCUCAAAUAUAUGGAAGCUUUCAAGCCCUUCCUCUGCCUAGGAUUGAAGAACCAUGCUGAAUAUCAAGUGUGUGGAGCUGCUGUUGGAUUGACAGGGGAUAUUAGUCGGGCACUUAAGAGUAAAAUGCUGCCCUACUGUGAUGAAAUAAUGAUGUUACUCUUAGAAAAUUUAAGUGAUAAUACUGUUCAUCGUUCAGUGAAGCCUCAAAUUCUUUCUGUCUUUGGUGACAUAGCGCUUAGUAUUGGUACUGAAUUUAGGAAAUACUUAGAUAUUGUGCUGCGAACUUUAGUGCAGGCUUCUCAGGCCCAAGUUGAUAGGAAUGAUUAUGAUAUGAUUGACUAUCUUAAUGAGCUUCGAGAAGGUGUACUGGAGGCAUACACCGGUAUUGUGCAGGGUCUAAAAGGAGAUGGGAAUACUCCUAGUGCAGAGGUUCUUGUGCUGGAACCUCAUAUACCAUUCAUAGUCCAGUUUAUUACAAUUGUAGCACAAGAUACUGAGAAAUCUGAUAGUAAUAUUACAUCAUGUUCUGGGCUUGUUGGUGAUUUGUGCACAGCAUUUGGUUCAAGAAUGUUGCCUCUGUUGGAUGUAGAACCUAUUAAUGACCUCCUUCAACAAGGUAGACGUUCAAGAGCUUCUAAAACUAAAACUGUUGCUACAUGGGCAAGCAAGGAAAUUCGCAAGCUUAGGCAGUCUGCUUCUAGCUGAUCCGACUCGUAUUGUAAUUAUCCAGUUGAAGAUGAUCGGACGAAACACUUUCUCAAUAUUAUUCCUACUUUUGGUUGUCUGCAAAUCCCCACUCCACUCUGAAGGCUCGUCCAGGGUGAAAGAGGCAGUGCAACAGUGCGAGCGAUUGAUUCCAAAUAAUGAAAGAAUAUAAGAAAUCAAAGCAGAAUAGUUCACUAAAAAAAAUUCAGUGUGCACAGUAACUGGAAAUCAAGUAUGUGCGAACGAACGAGCGUGUGUCUGGCUGCUGGUGUGUAAGGGACGCACCUGGCAGGGCGAGCGAGUGUGCUUGAAGACUUCGGACCGACCGACUCAACUCGACCGGAUGUUAUGCGAUGUGAGGAGGGAUGGAAGAAGAUGCGUGUGGAUCACAUGUGGCAAAUUCCAAUUCACCAAGAAAUAGAAAAUACAUGAAAGAAAAGACUUGCCAAACGCCUUACAAAAAUUUUUGAUUCGACGCACGUCAAUUUUCCUCCUCUGCACAUUCGACAAAAUGUGUUUUUCUUGCUCAGGAAAUUGUAUUGAACUUUUAAAAAAGGAAAUCAAGUGUUUUCCAGCAGAGGGAAGGAGUUGUAUGUUGCAGUGCAACUGACAUAUCUUACUGGUCAAAUUUGUUACCAAGUGGUGAAGUGCUCUGGGUAAAUGUUGACUCUGUGAAGGCACUUCACUCUGUUACCAGUACUAAAUGUUUAUUUCAGAUAUUGAAAUUUCCAAUGAUUGAAGUGCCUUUAGAAACCAGAAGAUGGUGUGAAUAUUUGUUUCCAAUGGCUUAAUCCCAAUUGGGAGAAUGGUAUUUGUUACAGCUAAAAUUGAUUUCUUUGUGGCACUGAGCAUUUGACCACAUUUCUACAAUUUUAGAAGUAACAAAUCCUAAGCCCAGUUUUAAAGGACAGGUCAGUUCAAAGCCUUGGUUUGAACUGUGAGGGUAAGUACCACUAGCUUCCAACACAUUAUGUGGAUGUGUAUAAUUAUGUGAAACCUUGUACUCGUAAAAUACUUGAUUGUAUAUUUUUGUAUGAUAUUUCAAUUUCAAUUUUGUGUUCAGAUAAAGCUCAUUAGGACAGUGGUAUUCACUGUCCCUAACAAGGUUUCAUCUUUAUGGAGGUUUAGAGUGAAGUGUUUGGAAGAAAUAUUCUUCCUGUUCCAAGGUGACAUAAGGCUGAGUAAAAAUUUCACUCGGAAGGUUCUUAUCAAAUCCAAGGUUACUUGCUGACCUGAACCAAAAACAAAAAUUCUGUGAUUUGAGGAGGUCCAUGACAAACCGGUGUAAUGUCUAUGCCAUAUGGACAGUGUGUUUUUGCUGUUACGAUAAUAACUAAAACAAAGAUUGGUUGGGAAUUACUAGUGUGAAUGUGUCAGGUGAGAAAAGGUUUGGAAAGAGGUCUGUCUGUUCAGGUAUCAGGAGAUUGUUUUUGGCAGUGAAUUACAUUGUACUAACCUGUAGUAUAGGAUACUCCUGUUUAGCAUGGACCACCUCAUCUUUUCCUGACUGAUGUGUGAUAUUUGCGUCCCUGUGUGCCUGUGAUUUAUACCAUGCCAGCCGAAGUCCGAAUGAUAUACUUCCAAAGGCAUGGGUUGUAUGUUAAUUGCCUUGUAUCAAUGAGCCUACGUGUAUAGAAUGCAUGAGUACGUUUGUAUAGUAUGAAUGUGUGUGUAUGGUCAUUUCCUUAGGAUGGCAGGAGAUGAGGAUCGAUUAGUUGCCAACGACACUUGACUGACUUGUAAGCUAUGAAAUAAUGUUGUGUACCUAGACGAAACGUGAACAUAUGUAUGCUAGUGUGUGUGUGUGUGUAUGUGAAGGAUGACAGCUAAAACUGUGUGCCAUGACAGUUCGAGACAGUAUCAGCCCUACUAACGUGCGAAAGCUUGUCUGAUCCCCGUCCCCAAGUUCCUGUUCUCCUUGAAUGUUCCUUGCAUUAUCACCUUAAAUUAACAUGCCCUUCCUCUGCCUGUUGCUGCUGCUUGUUUAGAGAAGAAAAUGAAAAAAAAUCACUGUAUGGUUUAGAUAUUGUUAAUCAAGCUAUACAUACUCUUGACUGUCAUUUGAACUUGUUAAUUUGAAAUGAAGGUGCAUAAAUGAAAUUGUUGGCAACUUUCUGUAGCCUCUUUAGAUUUUUUUCUCAAGAGUUAAAGCACUACUUUUUUUAGGGAUUUAAGUUUAGUUCUGUAAUCCAAAUGAAUAAAAUUAUCUUGAUGAGUUGAAUUGAAUUUGUAUGUACCUAUUUAAGAAACCUUAUUUUUCCUUGAAACUUUUUGUACUGGGACAAAAACAGAUAAGUUUG